AUGGCAGACGCAGGCAACAGCAAAGCGCGGGAGGUGAAGGUGGUGCUGCUGGGCGACACGGGCGUGGGCAAGUCGUCGCUCGUGCUGCGCUUCGUGACGAACAACUUCCGCCCGUACUCCGAGUCCACCAUUGGCGCCUCCUUCAUGUCCAAGAUGAUUGUGGUGAACGACGCGCCGAUCAAGUACCAGAUUUGGGAUACGGCGGGGCAGGAAAAGUAUCAUAGCUUGGCACCGAUGUACUACCGAGGCGCUGCAGCUGCUAUUGUUGUGUAUGAUAUCACGAGAAAGCAAUCACUGACGACAUUGAAGAACUGGGUGAAAGAGCUGAAGCAGUUGGGUCCAGACAAUAUCGUGAUUGCUAUUGCUGGAAACAAGAGCGACUUGGAGGAGAAACGCGAGGUGCCGGCGUCUCAAGCUCGCGCGUACGCUGAGGAGAUUGGCGCGUUGUUUAUUGAGACGAGUGCCAAGGAGGACACGAACGUGUCAGAUUUGUUCAUCCAGAUCAGCCAGGCGCUGCCCACGGCUUCAACGGAGAGCAACGCACUCCCAGAGAUUGUGGACCCUUACGGAGGCGGCAAGAAGAAGUCUGGAGGCUGUUGCUAA